UACCUUUGGUUACAAGACGCGUUAAGCCAACAUGGCGACUUCAACCUGUGCAGCCGAGUCCUGGAUAACUCGAUAACGAGCUUGCCAAACGUUUGUCCAAGUAUUUGGCAUGGCGCUUGAUUAUCAGAAAAAAACAUACGUGCCACACAGACCAGAAACAAAAUUUCGAACAACAUAUAAUUUGUCAAACCACUGGGUCGAUUUUUUCGGACAAGAGAGAAAAAUGCAAAAAGAAGCCAAGUUAAACUUACGGAGCCCAACCCAAAUAAAGAAACUGUACGAUGAGAGCAGACAAUUGCAAAGGGAUUUGAGAAGGCUCGAAAAAAAUCCCCAUGGAACACUCCCAGAAUCUCUGCUAAAGACGGAAGUCUUUGACAUCUUCACCCCAAACUUCCCGAGUCCGACAAAACAAAGAAGUCCAAGCUAUUCCAUGACUGAGAAAAUGCGCCGAAGGUAUGAGCCGAAACGAGAUGCGAUGGAGAAAGCCGCGGUCACAGACGACGCUUACGCGCAUCACUUGGCUGAUAUGUUCCCAGAACAGGGUGAUAUGUUCACCCCCAACUACAAGCUGCCAGACUUAGGAAAAGUUGGACAGACUCACAAUAUACACCAACUGGCACAAGGCAGUGACCCGGCUCACCUGCAGUAUUUCGGCUCAGGUGGCUAUGACGACUGGCACAAGGCAUCUCUGAAAGCGUCUCUUCAGAAACAGAUGAUGAUAGACCAACCUCAUGUAAAGGAUACGAUAUACGGCCCACAGAAGUUGAGAAAUGGCCAUGCUGGCGGGUCUUGGCGCCACGUGAAGGAACCACUUCAGCCAGGAGGCAAACGUCUGCUGUUUGUAGACGGUGCCGUUGCCCGAGAUGACUUGUACCGUGUGAGGACCAAGUUGAUAAAAACACCAGAAACACUGAUGAGGGAACCUAACAGUCACGACCUGUUCAGAGAAAUCGUCAGACACAGGAAAGCAACUCCAAUAAAAACCACACACUACACCAGCCUAUCUGCACACAAGGGAACGGAGAAAGGCAACUGGUAUAUCAUGCGUUAGAACUAUCAAAAAAAAAA